UUUAAAAUUUUGAGAUAAUUAAAAUUUGAAUAAUUUUAGCAUGAUACGAGAAGCAUCAGCAGAGGACUUCUGGAGCCCAAUUGCUACCAUAUUUGGCAUCCAAGUUAUCUUGUACAUCUUCUCACUUAUUUUGAAGGAUAAUGGAAUCGUCGAUAUCUUCUGGGGUCUCAUAGUUAGUAAGUUCUCAUCAGCAAUAUUUUAAGUAGUUCGAUAACGGUAAUACUCAUUCUGAACGGAAACUGGCAUCAUAGAACCAUUGUCACACUUGCAUUGCUUUGGAUCUGGGCAAUCAGAAUGGCUCUCUAUGUUUUACUUAAGCAUAAUGGUGAAGAUUGGCGUUUCGCAGAAAUGAGGCAAAAAUGGAAAGAAGCUGCCCAUUUCAUAGCAAUCUAUUCUCAUGAAAAAGAUGACUUGUUCGUAUUUGAAUGGAUUGGAUGGAUCAUAACCUUAGCAGCAAUAGUUUUAGAGUUCGUCUCGGACAUUCAAAUAUUGGUGUUUAAGAAGAAUGAAGAAAACAAAGGAAAGAUCUGAACUACCGGCCCCUGGAAGUUGUCACGCCAUCCUAACUUCUUCUUCGAAUCUUUAGUAUGGUGGUGAGUCUACAUCACAGCUUGCUCAAUCAAAUGGGAAUAUGUUACCAUUUGGCCCCUCUAAUAAUCACAUUGACACUUCGAUAUGUCUCUGGAGUCCCAAUUAUAGAGAAAAAGUUUGAAGAAAGAGAAAGCUUUGAGUUGUAUAAAAAGCAAACAAACUGUUUUAUCCCAUGGAUUCUUAAAAAGGUAAAUCAAAUUACCCAAAACCAAAAAGACGAACUUUAAUAUAGAUUGAAGAGUAUUCAUCAAUGGAUCAUAAAGAGAAAUCAGGAUA